AUGCCGAGAUCUUUUACGGGUCGCGAUGUUCUGCAAAGACGCGUUAGAUUCACAAAAGAUGUCCAGAUGCCAGAUUCUUUGCAUGAUCUAUCGAAGCUUGUUAUGGACAUCUCUAACUUGUUGCUUGUGCCUGAUACAUUCGACAGAGCCUGUAUUCACUCCGCUGAUUCUCCACCCCCUCGAACGACAUCGCCCGACUAUCAUCAGCUCCACCUUGGACCAGUUGAUUUUAUCAUCCCAAAAUCGUAA